CGGGGCCGGGCCGAGAGUCCAGCAGCCGCGGCUGGGGCUUCAGCGACUUCCUUGUUGUGAGCCUCGGCCCGGCAGUGUCCGGACUCGUAGCCCCGCUGUCCUUACCGGGACUGCUAGCCCGAGUCUAGGUCGCAGCCGCAACCCCAGCCGGUCGGGUCCCCUUUCAGCGCAGGUCCUUUCCCCGCACGCCCCGCGCUCCCUAACAUGCCCAACCCCAGCAGCACCUCCUCUCCCUACCCCCUCCCCGAGGAAAUUAGGAACCUGUUGGCAGAUGUUGAAACAUUUGUAGCAGACAUACUGAGAGGGGAAAAUUUAUCCAAGAAAGCAAAGGAAAAGAGAGACUCCCUUAUUAAGAAGAUAAAAGAUGUAAAGUCUAUCUAUCUUCAGGAAUUUCAAGACAAAGGUGAUAUAGAAGAUGGAGAAGAAUAUGAUGACCCUUUUGCUGGGCCUCCAGACACUAUUUCAUUAGCCUCAGAAAGAUAUGAUAAAGAUGAUGAGGCCCACUCUGAUGGGAACCAGUUCCCUCCAGUUGCAGCACAGGACCUUCCUUUUGUGUUAAAGGCUGGCUACCUUGAAAAACGCAGAAAAGAUCACAGCUUUCUGGGAUUUGAAUGGCAGAAACGGUGGUGCGCUCUCAGUAAAACAGUGUUCUAUUAUUAUGGAAGUGAUAAAGACAAACAACAGAAAGGUGAAUUUGCAAUAGAAGGCUACAAUGUCAGAAUGAAUAACACUCUUAGGAAGGAUGGAAAGAAAGAUUGUUGUUUUGAAAUCUCUGCUCCCGAUAAACGUAUCUAUCAGUUCACAGCAGCUUCUCCCAAAGAUGCCGAAGAAUGGGUACAGCAGCUGAAAUUUGUAUUACAAGAUAUGGGGUCUGAUGUUAUUCCUGAGGAUGAUGAUGAAAGAGGGGACUUAUAUGAUGAUGUUGAUCAGCCUCUACCAAUCAGCAGCUCACCAGCAAGCAGCCAGCCAAUUGAUGAUGAAAUUUAUGAAGAACUUCCAGAAGAUGAAGAGGAUGGAGCUCCGGUGAAAGUGGAGGGGCAAAGGAAGAUGAGUCAGGACAGUGUUCACCACACCACAGGAGAUAAAAGCACCGAUUAUGCUAAUUUUUACCAGGGUUUGUGGGACUGCACAGGAGCUCUUUCUGAUGAAUUGUCAUUUAAACGUGGUGAUGUGAUUUACAUUCUUAGCAAGGAAUACAAUAGAUAUGGCUGGUGGGUAGGAGAAAUGAAGGGAGCCAUUGGCUUGGUGCCGAAAGCCUACAUAAUGGAGAUGUAUGAUAUUUGAGAGUCCUGGGGAAAAUCAACAUUUUGCCUGAAGAAAAAAAUUAAAAUGCAACUUUCCCUUUCUGCCUGCAGAAAAGGAAGAUUCCUCUGCUAGUGUGCAAAUGCUUUGGAUUGAGAAUCAUCGUGAAAGCAUGAGUGACAGCUCAUAACCUUUCUUUGUUUUGUUGAGCAUCGUUUGUCUUUGUUGUUUUAUGCAUUCAUUAUAAUAUUCCUCUGAUGUGAAAUUAAAUGAAGGAUAUUAAUGUAAAUUAGAUGCAAACAGUAAAGUUAUACCUGUUGCUGUUUUUCAAAUAAUCAUAGAUUUACUCAUUUGAUUUGUGUGAAAAAUUCAGCACUAUUUUAUAUGUAUCACAUAGUCAUUGCUACUUCUAGUAAGAGUUGUAACUUCUGUUAAUACUGGAUAUCAAUUAUUUUUUAGAAUGUAAUAUAUAAUUUCAUAAAAAUUUCAAUUGAAUGUAUCAUGCAAGUUUUUGGUAGAUGCUAUCUAAAGAAUGUAGCUUUGUUGAAACUUUGUAGAUGAGUUAUCUUCGUAUUUAUUUUUCAAACAAUAGUAACGUUUUCAUGAAAGAAUUUUUACUGAUUGGUGAAUUUACUUUAUGUUAAAUAUAGCCACAAGAAAGAAAAACGAUUGAAUUGCAAAUGGGAGUAUGCUGUCACCCUCUGCAACACACGUGAAGACCAGAACCAUGGUUUGUGCAAAGCCCAUUACCAAUAAUAAAUACCCUGGUUAUAUAAUGGGCUUGCCAACAUUUUCUACUGUAGUUUUCUUUAAAUUUAAUGAAACAAAAUUUUUGUGAGAGGUCCCAUUCUGCCACUGAUGUAAUGGCAUAAAGAGUCUCAAUGUAUUCUCAAAGUCAGAAGGCAUAACCGAGUAAUCUUACCCUGCCUGAUUGUUACUGUGCUAUUAAAGUCCCACCACAAAACAGUGCAAGUCCAGAUUUGAGCCCGCUCUGCACCUCUGAAAGCAAUGAGAAGAGAAGGAAGGCUCAGAGAGGAGGGUGUAGAAAUCUGGUGGGAACAUGUACCCAGGUACAGGUGAGUGGAAGGGUAGUGUUAGUCUGACAUUGGAGGUGUAUGUUGUACUCCAGAGCAAGGUUUGUGGAGUUAUAGUAUUACUUUUUCAUGUAUGUUUGAAAUCAAAGGUAUUUUAAAUGUCUACAAGGUACCACUAUGGUAUAUAUAUCAAAAUAUACUGCUGAUUGGAUAAUUAUUUGAAGUAAAUAUAAUCUGCUAAUAUUGAAUCCUUGAUUAGAAGGUACUACUUUUGUUGAACUUUUCAGAUCUUUGCUUUAAAGAUAAAGAUUCUAACCAUGCAAACGAGCUGAUAAUGUUUAAAAACCUCCAUUAUUUAUAAAAACUAUCUACAAGCAAUAUUUCAGAGUUUAUGUUUUACUAUUAUCCCCUCUGUACUGUGAUUAUCAGAUUUCACAUGUAAAAAAUAUAUAUAUUAAUUUGGGGGAUUGUGGGUGAAUUCUAGUUUAUAUAGAUUAGACCAUGUCAAGUUAAAGCUUUCAGAAAUUAAUUUAUGCACUGGUUAAUCUUUUCCUAAUAUAGAGCCAUUGGAAUAGAUUGAAAUCAUCUUGGCAAAAGUGAGACAACUGGAGAUGAAUUUAGUGAAUUGGUUUUCAAAGCCUGAGAGAUUGAAAAGUGAAAGCAGUUGUGGGUUCCACUGAAAAUGUAGACUUCCUUGUGGACACAGGCUUUGUGCUCUGGCCUAAAUGAAGAUUUUAGUCUUGGGCCAGUAGAUGGCAGCAGCUUUUCAUUGCAUAGGAACCUACUUGGAAACCCCUCCUCCACUCAGGCACAGACUCACUCCAAGCGUAAAGUAUUUAGAAGAUUAUUGCCUCUUUUUAAAGUUAAUCCAGGAGAGGGAGUCCUUUGCCAACUGAUGCCAGAUAGUCUCUGGAAUGGUGACAGUACAGAAAAAAAGUGUUACUUUUGUCCAGAGCUCUUCUGGCCUUUGUUCUUUUUCACUUGAAUAUAGGUGGGAGAUGAGAAAGGAAACAAAAAAUUUUUAAUUGGUCUGACAGGAAAAACAAUCAUUACUUUCAACUCAUGACUACUUUGUAUUCAUUUGGUGAAAUCAUCUGUAUACUAGGAGGGAGAAAGUUUUCUUUACACCCUUGACAAUAUAUCACACACUCUUCAAAAUCAUAAUAAUAAUCAUUAAUGUGAAUUUAAACAACAUGGCUUGUUAGAAAAUAUGCUAAUUGCUAUGUUCUCAUUAUGUUUGCUUAGCUUUUAUUUGUUUUUCUAUGAACAGAGAGCUAAUUUUUUUCAAAGGUGAUUGUAAGUCAUAUUUUACAUAGCGUUUUGCUUGAUUAUUUGCUCUGUACUGAAUUUGUACUCUAUUGCCAUUAGAUGUUACAAUAAUGUUCCACUCUGCAAAUUUUUAAGGUUCAAAUAAAGUUUAAUUGUUUGCAAACUG